ACCAUCUCUCCGACCAUUUUAAAAAUUUUCAAUCUUUGUAAUGGCAAAUCUUCCUCGUUUUGGUCGUACAUGGAACCGUUUCUCUUCCCUGCCCCGCCCUGCCACGGCCCCACGCUUUGAUGUUCCGCCGCCGGCUGCCACGUCGGAGCCGGAAGUUUUUUCAUCUGCUCCGCCCACCGCCAAUGUUCUUCAAACUUCCCCUAUUAAAGAAAGGUCUCCUCGAAUCACUUCUCCGGUUAGGAAAUAUCACUCGCCUCCUACUUCUCCCAAAUAUAGGGCGGCUGCCCCUAGCACUUCACCCCGCAAGCCACUAUCUCCUCCUCCUACAUAUAACCGUUACGACGGAGAACGGCGGAGCAGUGCCCAGGCUUCUCCUAAAACGUUCAAAACUACCUAUACCUCUCCGCCACGAUCACCGGCGAAACAUAAGUAUUCCACCUCCACUGUCCAAGCACCACUCUCUCCUCUGGCUCUGCCUAGCUUGGAGAAGAGACAUGAACCUGAGCCAAUGGUUCGACCCAGGAGCCCACCGGAGGUCCAGCAGAAAUCCGUCCUUUACCAGAAGACGACUAGCGAGAAGCCUGCGAAAACCGACCACCGAGCAUCGGAGUACAGCUCAGGCAAACCCCAGCAGAAGCAAACGCAUCAGCAGCAAAGUGAUGUUAUAAACAUCAAAGGGGAGAACGUAGGCGCUGUCAUGCACAUCACUCAAUCAUCUGAUGCCACAGAAACCCACAAGAAAAAGCCAACCGUAAGCUACAGCAGCGAAAACGAGAAAGAUUCAAACAAAUCAAGCUCCAACAUGCCUGGAAAAUCGUUCAUGAACAGCAAUUUUCAAGGUGUUAACAACUCCAUUCUCUACAAUUCGUCUUUGAGCCACCGUGAUCCAGGCCUGCACCUUGCUUUCACCAAGAAGCCCACCCAUGCCGAUUCUGUUCAUGAUUCAAGGCACUGAAUGGACCAACCUCAUCUUCACCAAGAAGCCCACCCAUGCCGAUUCUGUUCAUGAUUCAAGGCACUGAAUGGACCAACCUCAUCAUUACCACUCUCUUAUUUGGUGUCAUAUGCUAAAAUAAUUAUGAAAUAAAGCAACAAUAUUAUAAUAAUUAAAGCAUUUUAUAUUCAUAUUCACCAUUCAUAUGGGAUGUAUUUUCAAAUGGUUUUAACCAUUUGGAAAAUAAAAUGAGUGAUUAAUAAUAAAACUUAUUUUCAGAUUA